AUGCAAAAUUCUGCUAUACAAACACCUUUAUUGAAAAAAUCCUUCAAUUUUGCUUGGCCUUUUCCUGAACGGCAAACUUGGCUAUAUCGUCUGCAAUCAAAUGUUGUCAUUUUUGGUGUCUUCUGCUUUGCAAAAUUUGUUCUCUGCGGUUUGAAUAAAAUAAAAAUCAGUUCUGAGCACAAAAAGAUUUUUUUGGAUUUGAUUGAAGACAAAACUCGGCCGCUAAUUACAAUGGCAAAUCAUAGAAGUGUAGUAGAUGAUCCUCUGGUUUGGGCUUUAUUUAGCUUCAAAGAGUUCUGCGGUAACAUUUCUCGAUUCAGAUAUAUUUUGGCCGCCAACGAUAUUUGCUUUACAAAUAUUUUAUAUAAUCAUUUCUUCGCGUUGGGUCGAUGUGUUCCCUGUGUGCGUGGCGAUGGUGUUUUUCAACGUGGCGUAAAUUUGUGUGUUGAUAGGCUAUCAAAUAAUGGUUGGGUACAUAUAUUUCCUGAAGCUGAAGUAACUACAACGCCGAUUAGAAUUAAAUGGGGAGUUGCUCGGAUGAUUGCUGAUUCAAAAUUGCCACCAAUUCUUUUACCGAUGUGGACUCGUGGCAUGGCUGAUGCUUGGCCAAAUACUAGACCCUAUUUUCCGAGGAUUGGAAAGACAGUAGAAAUUCAUAUCGGCACUCCAAUCGACACAGCUAUUUGGAUUUCGGCUUCUCCUAUGGAAGAUGAAACAGAAUUGCAGCGAAGGAAACGACUGGCUGAUUUGGUGCAGGAGAAGCUUUAUGCUCUUGGAGAACAAGUUGAAAAACAGAAAUUUGUGAUUGGAGAACGCAAGAAGAAUAGUGAAUCUUUAAAAAGAAAAUAA